AUGGAGUGUUCCUCAAGCGAUGUAAAUGGUAUGAGUAACAUUAACUUACGAAAGAGGCAACGAACAGAGGAUAAAACUCGCUCGUCAAUGCUGGAUCUUGAUUUUCUCGACUGCCCUAUUUGCGUCGAGCCAUUCACUAUUCCUAUCUUCCAAUGUGAUAAUGGACAUUUUACUUGCGCUUCAUGCUUUCCAAAACUGAGUAAUAAGUGUCCUUCAUGUGCUUUGCCUGUUGGUCACAGUCGCUGCAGAGCAAUGGAAAAGGUUCUUGAAUCGAUCUUUGUCCCAUGCCCAAACGCCAACUUAGGUUGCACCAAACAUGUCUCUUAUGGGAAAGAAGCAACACAUGAGAAGGAAUGUACCUUCUCUCAGAUUUGCUCAUGCCCUCUGGAAGACUGCAGUCACAUUUGCUCAUACGAUAACAUGUUCCGUCACUUUACCCGUGACCACCAGAACAGAUACAUGUUGUUCUGCUGUGACAAUUUCUUUAAUGUUCGGAUGAACAUCAAUGAUAAGAUAUUAAUUGAAAUUGAAUAUAUGAUAAACCUAUCGUUCGCAGUGCAGUGUUUUAGAGAGCCGUAUGGUGUGUAUGUUACUGUAAGCUGCAUUGCACCAUCUACUCCAGAAGUAGGAGAGUUUACAUACCUUCUAAUAUACACUGUGGAUGGGAAUACUAUGACUUACGAAUCAUCAGAGGUGAAGAGAAUUCUAGAAGUGAGCUCCCAAAGACCUGAAGAGAGCUUCAUGUUGAUCCCUAAGCGUUUUUUGCGUGGUGACUCAUUGAAGAUGAAGCUUUGCAUCAACAAGUUGAAGCAAUAA